CGUCAUUUGAGUGAAAACCACGGCUAGCCAAGUUUAUGCCGUUUUGAAUGAUUUUUGUCAAACGACCAAAAGCGAAAGAUGGUUUUCAAGGUGUUUUUGUUGGAGAACCGUUUAAACAUGCCAAAGAGUGAAAACCAAUCAUAAAAGAGUUCGCAGGCAGCAUGACAGUAGGAUGUCCGACCGGUGCGGAUGUGAAGACACCCGUUUUCGGUCCAAGUGAGGGAAUGACCGGUAUGGCCGAAGCCAUAUUCGGUCCGAGUGGGGUGACCAUUGCGGCCGUAGCCGCGGUUGGUCCAAUAACCGAGGUGACCGGAGCGGACCCCAUAGUCGCGCUCGAUCCAACGAAGGUGGUGAUCGGAGUAGACCCCAUGGCCGCACUCGAUCCUAAAGGAAUGUUGAUCAGAGUGGUCUGCCCUACAGAGCCACCCAAUCUAGCCGAAACGUUCACAACUGGAGUCUCGGAACUACUCGUGUUUCCGGUGUGAGCGUCAAAACCGAAUCCGUCCAUACCCGCCAUUGCGCACGGAUAUGGCUACUACCUUAAGAUUGUUACAAUUUUUGUACGGAUUACAACGGACGGGGAAGACGAACGGACCCGGAAAAUAAAAAUAAAUAAAAUUCUGAAUUUAUA